CACCUUUUCUUUCAGCCCUAGGUGUUUACACGGCCGUUGUUCAAUGCCACUCCCCUGAGUCCGACGUAAUCUUCGAGUCCUCACCACGCGCAAUCCCGUCGUAGACAUCAUGGCGAGACCAGACGCUGGUGAUAUUUUGGUGGUCAUCCAUGACUUCCAGGCUAGAAGCUCCGACGAAUUGAGUCUAGCAAAGGGCGAUCGUGUUGAAUUAAUCGAACGCGAUGACGAGUUCGGUGAUGGGUGGUUUUUGGGUCGCCAUAUGGUGAAUGGUAAUAGUGGCUUGUUUCCAGAAGUAUAUACGCGACCGGCACCAAGGGGUGUCGCGGCUUCACCUACCGGUCCCAGACCGAUCGCGAGUUCGCUCUCAUCCACCAAUGGAACAUCAUCCGUACCCAGCCAACCGGCAUCGACCACUACACCGACUCAGGAUCGCAAUUCGACCCCGCAAGCCGCUCCAUCUGUUUCACCAAAGGCUGCUCCCGUAACCCUACCGCUAAAUUCCACCAAAUCCGAUGGGAAAACGGCACCUGCACCUAUAGCGCCUCUCAUAAGCAAAAGCUUUGCAUACGGUAGUAGCAGCAGCGAAGGGUUAGGUCGUCUCAAUGCGCAGAGCCAGGAGAAUCCAGUGUUGCAUGAGACUUUGACAGUUAUCGACGAGCACAUCACAGACCUGCACUCGACCCCGCAGAACGGCGCACUCCAUCAUACAACAGAUUCCGGGAGCGAAUAUAGUUCUCAUCUACCGGAUCGACUCUCUUAUAUCCAGGGCGAGGAGACCGACGAGGAGGAAGAAGUCCUGCAUACUCGUGACGAAGUCGAAGCUUGGACUGCCGAUGAUGUGGCAGAAUAUUUGUUUACUCUCGGUGUAGAGAAGAAGCAUUGUGAAGUAUUUCAGGACCAGGAAAUAUCAGGCGAGGUACUUUUAGGCAUGGAUCAAUCGUCGUUAUUUCUUAAGGCGUUCGACCUUGGGUCUGUUGGGAGACGACUAAAGACAUGGCAAAAGAUUAAAAAUUUGCAGGAUGAAGUGAGUGGGAUUGGCACUCUUACGAGACGAACCACGCAAACCUAUGGUAGUGAGGCGGGGUCGGAGGACUUCAAGGUUGGUGGAAGAGUGAGGAGCAGGUCAAACACCUUGACAAACUCGCAGAGAGUGGUUUCGUCCGAGAGUCGACCAGGCUCAGUUCAUGCAAGACGUCUUUCUCAAACACCAAAAAUGGAAUCGAUGGCGCCUCUAACUCCCAGAUCUCCCAGAUCUCCCAGAGGCGCCCAAGACAGCCCAACAAGACCGUCGCACCACCACAGACCCUCGGCAGCCUCCGUCCGAGAACUACACCAUUCGCGACGGCACUCCUCUACCGAUUUUAGACUUGCCCCUCCAGUCAAUGCUGGAACACCGAAACUUACAUCUUCAGGUACCUUUCCGCGGACCGAGUCUUCACAUAAGAAACAACCGUCGUUCGACCGCAACUGGACUAUGGGUGCAGCUUCUUCUCCUAACCCUCCAAGGCCAUUAUCAUCAACCGAAUUAGGCGACGCCGUGAAUAUAUCCGAUACAGAGGUCGCACCUAAUCCGGCGCUUGACCUUGAUCGUGGCUAUUUCUCUGGUACUGAAGUUGAUGGUCGAAAACGCAACGUGCUUAAGAAGCGCGAAAGCAACACUGCACAUGCUCACAAGUCAAGUUAUACAGAACAGCAACGCGUUAGAAGCGCAACAGCUAUUGCCAGGCGUUCCAGGUUCGGAAGUAUUGAUUCAACUAGAGAUUCGACACCUCCGAGCGCCGCGCAAAUGUAUUACAGUCUAUCUGGGGAUCAUAGACGGACAGCCUCUACUAAUACUACCGAAUCUGUGCGGCCUAUCCCCCCUGCUAAGGAUGUUCCUAACCCAACAGUCACUAAGCUUGAUGGUGGCUCGCCUACCUCGACGUCGAAUCAACAGGCCGUUCAUGGCGAUUGGAUGUCCAACGCCAGUAGUAAGUUUAGUGGCUUGAGGGCGAUUUCCGAUGCCAUGAUUGGUAAUACGAAGGUCGGGUCGCCAACCGAUACCUCUACCCAGGCUUCGCCUUUGAGAUCUCCAUCUAGGGCCGGCUCGAGUACGCCUUCGGGUGGCCCGAGUUUCGAGAUUGAUUCCCCUGACACAGGAAAAAGUCCAUACUCGGUGGCUACUACCACCAGUCGCAAGAGCGGGAAAAAGACGAAACAGGAAACAAGUGCUUAUCUCCGCGGCCUACUGAAGAUUGGCCCACGCGAAGCAAUUAAGGAUGCAGAUUAUAGUGGGUGGAUGAAGAAGAAAAGCUCACACCUAAUGACAACAUGGAAACCGCGGCUCUUUGUCCUCAAGGGAAGACGUCUAGCGUAUUAUUACUCGGAAGACGAUACCGAGGAGAAAGGGUUGAUCGACAUCUCGUUCCAUCGCGUGUUGCCAGCCGAUAACGAACGACUCACCGGGCUACACGCCACAUUGACGGGAGCUAGUAACACCCCAAUCAUGCCGGCCGACAGUAACCUCCCAACUCUUGCAGAUAAUGUUGCCGUUUCGCCUGCCGAGAAAGGUACAGAUUCGAUGUUCAUAUUCAAGCUCAUGCCUCCUCGAGCUGGGCUUUCCAAGGCAGUCAAUUUUACCAAGCCAACCAUACAUUAUUUUGCUGUUCCAAAUCUGCAGCAAGGACGGACAUGGAUGGCAGCUCUUGUAAAGGCCACCAUUGACCGUGACGAUACCCAGCCGAUGACAACAACAUACCAGCAGAAGACAAUAUCGCUUACCAAAGCACGUGCAAUGCGCCACCGACCACCCGCUCUAAUGAAUCUUGACGAGAAGGUCGAGGAAGGUGCGAAGGACGGCGAUGACGAGAAAAAGAAUGGCCUGGGCAUUUCGUUUGGAGAGGUUGAUAGUGCAGUCUCCGGUCUCGAGAAGUUAGGGCUUUCGAAAAUUGAUAGCACGACAACUAAGCAGUCGACAUUCGACAGUGAGAAGAGCGAUGGUGUAGCCAUCUUAACUUCUCCUCAGAGCGCUUAGCGGUUCAUCGUUUGAUCCACAGCGUUUGUUAUUUGGCUCUCCUUUUCCAGGAGCAACCAGACUAUCGUGUCACUUCUCGCCUCGAACUACGGCAUUAUAUACUUCUUCGUUGAACGAUAAGCAAGCCAGCUAUUCUUAUCAGCUAGAGGUUCCUUAGUAAGGGCCAGG